CAAGGUUUCAUGACAACAACACUCAGUUCAUCAAUCGUAGGCGUCGUGUCUUAUGGAGAACAUUGCACCUUUUGCCUGCUCUUGAUUUCGUUGAUCUCCUGGCGGCUUCAAACAUAAGGACAAUCCAGGGUGCCUUAUUUCAGGAUAUCAUUAGGCGUUCGAAUGUCUUAAGCACUAAAAACAUCACCAAGCAAUGUACUCAAAGAAGAGCUAUUCAUCUGGGACAGAAGAUGUCCGGGAAUAUAACGAUGCCAAAACAGGUCGCGAGGCCGGAAGACCCUCGUUCAUAUCAAGCCUAUGCAUAGGGCCCAAAGAAGAUAAGAUUGAGAGGGAAAUCUAUCCCACCAAGGAAGCUUCUGAACGGGUCUCUGAAAACACAACAAAGUCUUUUGUGACAAGAAGUGUCAUCGAUAAAAGGUCAACCUCUUCUUACAGAACGAGCGAAAAAAUUCAAUCCGUUAAAUCGAGAGAUUUACCUGGAUAUUCAGGCAGAGAAGCAACAACGGAUCCGAUCUCUUCAUUUUACUCUUCAUACUCCAAAGACGAAGACCUCAGAGAUGCCGCAAAAGUGAAUCAACUGGCUGAUAAAAGCGAAGAUGUUAUUUCUUCCUUUUAUCGAUCGAGUGUCGGUUUUAGAAAAGACAGAAGUGUUGACCAGAAAACCAAUAUCGCCGGAGAAAAUGGAGAAUCCAUCCGAGCGACAAGUUAUAAGGCUGCUGCUGCUGAAUUGCGCGCUGCCAAAGGAGUAAGCUGGAGGAAUGACAGAUCAACAGACUCUUCUAGUAGCCUCAAGGGUAGAAGUUCUUUACAGAGCAUUAAAGAAGCAGACAAGGAAAAUGGUGGUCCUACGACCAUCAAUUCGGAAAAUAUAAACAUUCUGAGAAGAGCUUUGGAAAGAAAGGACGCAUCUAAUUCUCUAGAUAGAGAAAGACUUUCCAAAAAGUUUUCUGAAGACGACAGCAUUGAUCUAUCGAAACACACCUCGAAGGCGCAUGUAAAUUUGUCUGGUAAACACGGAGACAGCGAUUCGCACAGAAAGACGACCUUAACAAAUACUUCCAAAUCAGAGAAAGACGACGUCGUUGGCAGGCGAGAGACGUUUGAUGUUCAUACAGUUAUGCAGAAUGGUAAAGCAAGUGAUUGGGGAAUUUUCCCAAGAGAAAUCAAGGCACGCUCCCGUUCUACUGAAAGCCUAAAUGAAAAGAAAAGAGAUAGAUCAGGAAUCUUUAGAGAGGUUCCUGGGAGAAGUGAGUUUUUGUCUCAUUCCAGGUCUUUAUCAGAUUUUGGAACCACAGGUUCUGACGAUGACAAGCGUUUUUCGAGGGAAAGCAGGCGCACAGGAUCACUUGAUCGAAAUGCAGGUUUUGUUGAUCGUUGGAACCGCGCUGAUCGCAAUGGACGCUCCUCAUCUCUUUCAAGGCUGCGAAGCCGGUCUUCAGAAGAGUUAAGGCCUUCCUAUGAGGAUAAACAGGUGUAUCCAAGCUAUCGAUCUAGAGCUCUGCACCGUCAAGGAAACUUCGACCGUGAAGGUUCUUUUCGCCGUGAUGAGACAAACAGGAGAGAUUCAAGAAUGGGAGAAAUGAGAUCGUCAACCCGUGACAAGCUAAGAGAAGAUAUAGCUCGACUCAAGGCCGAAGCCGAAAAUCGGACAACGAAGAAAGAUGUGAAGCUGUAUUCGUUUAGCCAAGAACCCACCAUUCAUGACAAGCUCAAGGAAGACAUUGCAAAGCUCAAAGCUGAAACGUUGACACGAGACCACGUAAAACCUUAUGUUCCACCAGCUUCGUUAAGACCAGCGUCUGCGAACAUUUCUUCGAGAUGGAGAAGUCGAGAACCCUCUAUACAAGACAGGCUCAAAGAAGACAUUGCAAGAUUGAAAGCUGAAGCGGAGAAAAUGCCUUCUUUCCCCAAACGGACCUCGGAUGUUACUACUGAAAUAAUCAUUCCAGACAGAAGAAUGGAGGAUAUGGCAGAUGUUCGUCAUGGUGGAAUUAGCAGAACUUUGGUCGAGAGAUAUAACGUGUCCAAUAACGAUGGAGUUGUGUUUAAGGAUGUGUCGAGGAAUGAAGAAACAAAGAGGUUUGGUGAUGCUAAAAAUCCUAAAGAAGACGAAAUAACUCGACGACGAGGCAGCUUAAGAAAUGACCAGCCAAAGUUACGAAAUGAAUUCCGAAAUGUUGAAAAGUCUAUUGGAGAUGAAGUGCCUCUAAGGCCUCCAGCAGACUACUUCCAUCCAUUCUCGGAUCGCACUGUUCCAUCCUCCACAAGGACCACCGAGGGAGCUGUGUCUGUGCUUUCUACGAGGCCACCCCUAUGGCCCAAAGAAAACGAAAAUGGGUCAACAGAACGAGAAAAUCUCUUGACCACACCACGAGAUAUUUCGACCGAUCCAAGCAACUCUUCUAAAUUUCAAUCCGCUGAAGCAUAUGCAAGUAAGCGAGUGUUUAAGGCAGACUCUAUCGUCUCCAUAUCAUCAAGUAAAGAAGCCAGGGGUGGCCCAAGUUCUGUACAGGGACAUUCCCGCGGAAGCAUUUCCACAGAGGGUCGUUCAGCCUAUUAUUACAGAGAAAUGGGUGAUAAAGAAAACGGCAUACCAGACUCCAUACUGAGACGGUCAUAUGAGGAAAUACCAAAGCCAGCUGCUCUACCUCGACCACGGGAUGAUACCGUACGGCUGCCUUAUUCAAGAUACGAAAGUGUCACUCACGGACGUAAAUAUCCCGCUUCAUCUCCAGAGGGAUUGCAGGGCGAACCUGGUUAUGAAGACUGGCGGAAGAGAGAUGAAAGGAGGUCGGUCAGGGUUCACUCAAAUGAUGAAUUUGUCACUAGAAAAACAAUCAGAGAUGAUUCCGUUAUUUCUCGGAAGAGGUGGGAAGACGAUACCCCUAGAUCAUUAUCUUCAAAAGUUGAGUCUCCGAGACACAUUCCUGAGAGGUCGAAACCUUCACCAAGAAGGACAAGCACCCGCGAAGACAAGCAUAUAUCAGAGGAAAACAAGACUCGUUUCUGCGAGGAAAUCGAUGCUCCAUUACCAGAGUAUAAGGAGAUCAAGACAUCACCUGUUAUUAGUGAGCUCCGGAAGAAAAUUGAGCAGCUAAAAGACAAGGUUGAUACACUGGAUGAUAGAAGAGCUCGAAUGAAACUUGAAAGAUAUGUGGAUGACCACUCAGAGAGGAAACCAGAUGUUGAUAUCAAACCUCCAGUUCAUAUUAAGAGGUACCAACCAACCGAAUUCAAACCAGGUUCAGGAUCAGAGGUUGAUGGUCCAGACUCACUUGGGAAAAGAGAGAGUAUCACAUCCGAGACAAUAAGUCGCCAAAUCAGUAGACAGACCAGCACAGCCAGUACUCUCAGACAGAUCAGCAGUAUUCAAGAUGAUGUAAGAACAACACCGCAGUCCCAUGCAGAAGAGGUCAUAUCUCCGACGAGUAAACCAGAUCAAAAGCCUGCUGUUAUGAAACAAAUGUGUGACGCACAGACGAUGACCCCUCCUGAUGUUCAACAAAAUGUUGUAACUACUGUGGUUCAACGGCAAGACUCGAUUGUAGACGAGCGAGACAGGCUAAAGGAAUUAAGAGGCGUUCCUAUAGACUACAGAAGAACUACUCAAAUUGAGGAGGUGGACAGAGAACAAGUGAGAGACAAUGGUGUCACCAUGAUCCAAGUAGACAGUCACCAACAAACCAUAUCACCGAAAAAGGACGUGCAAGAGUGGUGGAACGCUUUCACAGCUGAAGACGUAGAUCGUUUACUAAAAAUUGGAAAUUGGAGUCCGUGGAACGCAUACACUGCCGAGGACGUUGACAGAAUGUUCCACGUGGGGCCGGUGAGAAGACGAAGCUUCCAUCGGAGAUCCCUCCGAAGAUAUCCGAAAAUACGACAGUACAAAGACGAUCCCGUUGACGUUCUCGUGAGAGUGCGAGGAAGACGCGAAAAACAUCGUCGCCCUCAAUGCAUUAUUGCUCAAGCUGCGCCGGAAGAGAAAGCAAUAGUACUGAGAGAGACAAAGGAGACUACAGAGCCCUAUAUCAGAACAAUUAAAGUUGAUGAUGUUUAUGGAGCGGAUGCUGUUAGAGUAGAGAAUGGAGUUGUGAAAAUUAAAGUUGGUGAUAAAGGAAGGAAAACAUGGGGGAGGAUCCUACAGCAGAAAAAUGACACCUUUGAGUCGGAUGGUAUCGUUACAGUCCCAGUUAGCGGAGACCAGUGCGAAGACGGCAUGUACUAUACCAGUCACUACAAAGGACAACAGCAAGAUGGAAAAGUGCGCACACCAAUCAAAUUCAAGAUACAAGAGCAAAACGCUGCUAAAUCUAACAAGAUACGCGUCGCUAGGGAGAUGAGAAGAACCGGGAGCAUGAGACGAAGACGAAAAGCCGCUGCCAGUAGUCUAUGUCCUUACAUCGUGGGCGCACGAUAUUACAGAGGGAAGAUAUUGUUGACAUGUGCUGACGCUCAUCGAUCCCAGAACCGUGCUCAAAGUGGUCACCAGGAGAUUGUGGUAAGGCAGCCACAAAGCAGCUCAAAGGUUACAGGCAACGAAAUAGUUCUGCGUCGCAACUCCCAACCACCAGCGUUUCCAGUGAAGACCAUUCAGAGAAUCCACGAAGGCCACAAAACCACAAGUCACGCGGCUACAACCCGAGCAGAAGAUGGAAAGAUGAUCAUUACUGUACACGCUGUCCCGCCUCGACCACCACGUUUUAGUCUGAAACAAGCUGGACAAAACAUGACGAGUAGCUCCUACCAUGGCAAGACUUCCGAGCAACGAGGUGUAUCGAGUACUUCCGGAAAUUACCUCGUAUCUUCGACCUCUGGGCCUCAAGGGUACGUGACAUCAUCCAGGCCUAGCAGACAGGGGAAUGCAGGUACUUCGUAUUACGUCACUGAUCCGUCCGACUCGUUCGGUCGCAGAUCUGGCUACCACAGUGCAUCUCGUUACCACUCUUCCAACGAACUGUCCAGCACCCCAACUAUUAUCCCGUAUGAAGAUGGCCCCACAAGUCGAAGAGGGACACAGAGUGGUUCGUUUAUUACCGACCCGUCGAGUUAUUAUGGGUUUUAUGAUGCACCAGGGUCAAGGAUAGUCUCAUCGGACCCGCGUCUGAAUGCACGCACGGGAUACGGAGAGAAAUUCAACCUUCGAGAUCACGGUGGCCUCUCCUCGGUGCGUUACGUGAACGGAGCGCGUCAAGGAAGUAGGAUAAUCAAUGAAAGAAUGAAGUCAAAUGGACACUAUAGGUAUGGUUCAUCUUGGAAUUCCACGCAACAGGACACAUUAAAUGGCCGUUCGAUGUCUUGGGCAGUAGAAGUUGUUCCUGAUUUCUGAUUUUUUUCAAUCGACAUUACCAGGAAAUAACCCAGACCCAUCAACGAAGAAUUCGAAGUGAUCUUUGGGUUUCGGGUGAUGUGAAUCAUGGAGUUGUGCAGUUCGAGUAAAGUUAUAAUAAGAUAAAGAGACAUGCAGAGAAAAAGGCACAGAAGUAAAAUUACUUCGCCGACCGAAUUAGAGGAAAGUAAACUAUGUGUUAUAAAGAAAUGUAUUCAUUACAUCUCUCAGUUGGUAGGGGCGCUAUGAUUGGCCAAUAUCAUGGCCUGUAUUUCACUGCACUUCCACUGAAUUCAUUAUUUUGUUUCACUUGGAAUCUUCCUUCUCUAUUUAAACCCAGAGAUGAAACACAUUUUUUACUAACCUCGUUUACGGACCUCGCAAACUCAGUUAGUAAGAUAUCUGUAUUGAUUAAACUUGAAUUUGUUUGAUUUAUGUCAAUUUAAAAAGUAUGAGUUAUUUCAAGAAUAGUUUUAUCAACAUUCUAUAAGUCAGGCACAUAGUAACGUAACGUUUCGUUUCAAUAAUACCAGGGAGGGAAGGGGAGGACGUUUGUUUGUGACUUAUAAGAUUUUUCCGAGGCAAGGAAAAAGCAAGUGGCAAAGGUGAACUAUAGAUUUAAGUUUUAAAAAUGCAUCUGCAGAAAAGAGUUAAUCCUCAACCUACAGAGUACUUGAAUGGAGCCAGCCUGGAUUUUUCCAUAACAGUAAAAGUUAUUUUACAUAUUAUUUUAUAGACUUCAAAACAUACUAUGAUAAUUACGCAAAAUGUUAGAGGUUUAGAGUUUUACUGUCAGGCGCCGUUACGCGUCAAAUCUGACUCUGGUGCGAAGAUGGCCAUGUUGCUGAAUGCCAUGAAUAUGCUAUGUAAGUUUGAAAUGUUGCGUUCAGUGAUUCUGGAUGAUAGGCCUAGGUUCAACAUUUUGCGUGCAGCGGGAACACCAGUCAUUAGAAUUAAGUCCAAUGUUGCAGCGAUUGAGCUCAGAGAGUUAUAAUGACUGCUAUUACAUAUAACUGAAGAUAUAAUAUGAUUCUCAAAUUGCACAGAUGCCGAUACGCACAAUUUACUAGAUAAAGAAUUCAAGUGACAGCUGUUAUUUCCAAUGUUUUAUGAGAUGGAACUGUCUCAAUUUGCGCACGAUUGAUUACUGAGAAGUUUUCGAUUUUGCUUUUUUGGUGAUAUAAUUGUAGUUAGACAAGAGUUGGUGUUACUCAUCUAUGGCGGUUACAUUUUGAACAAUGUUGCUCUCCAUAUUAGUUUCCUUCGCAGUUGCUUUGAGGAAACUCGUUGCUCUACUCUGCACAGACGCCUGCUUUCCAAUCUUAAUUCAAGUUGGUAACCGCGAAGGCAUUCUAAAGAAAUACCAAAUCAAAUGGACUGCAAUGAAAGAAGGCAUCACAUAUCGUUCUUGUCUUUUUCAGAAUCUAUUUUUGUAUAUUUGAGGUUGUGAAAUUUAAGAGGCUUAAUGACCGAAACGUAUUUUGCGCUAGUGCAAGCAGAUGUUUGUGCGGGGAGGAAAAGCGUCGUGCAAACUGCCUCGGAAGCUGACGUUAUGUUUUCCCUACGAGGGAUGGGGAGGUGCCCUAACCGUGGCUUGGGGGAGGAGGAGAGUGGGAAGUGGUUGUACUGCACAGAUCUUCAAACACUGCACCUGUUUAAGAAUAAAUCCAUUUAAUUUGCACCUAGUGCAAGAGGAUAAGUUGUUAUAUUGGGCGGCAUAAACCCGUAAAGGCCAAAUAAGAGUAUGCAUUACCCCUGAGGAUGAAUUUUGUAUAUAUAUUUCAAGUAAUUUGCGUAAAUUUUCUAAAAAAGAUGUGUUUUGAAUAAACAAGCAGCUCGUGUCGAAAUGUUAAAGCUAUCAGCUUGGCGCUGCUGUCAGCUUCAAUUCAAUUUUAAAAAAUGAGCAUAUUAAUUUAAAAGCACGUUUCAUAAGGUAGUAAUAGAUAAAUUGGCCCUAACUACCGUCAUUAAAGGGAUGGGAGGGAAAAAAAAGUGUUGGUGUUGAAAUCUAUCGUUGAUUUCAUUACAUUAUAUGCAGGACAGAAGAAAGAAGGGAUAAAAGAAUGUUGUUAUGAGAGUCUUUUUAAGAAACAAUAGUUCGACUUUCUGGUUGAUAAAUGCACUCUUUGACGCGGAAACAAUUUUAUCUUGUGCAAAAGCCCGACUACAAGCGCUAUUUAAAUGAAAGUGUCUAUACAUGUGGUAGAGUAUAAAAAAAAUAGUAUCAAUUACUUUUUUUAUCGUUUGAAAGUAGUGGUGGAUGUGUAAAAACGGAGUGAGGAAUUGUGAAAUAAAAUUCUUAGUAUUGUGCUCAA